AUGGAAACUGAUGAAGAUUUUCUUUGCUUCGGUGCUAGGAACAUCAUCAAAGAAUGUGAAGAAACAAAUUCCAUUAGCACGACUCUUUGUGACGGGAAGAAAAUAUACACCAAUAGGGAGUUCUUCAAGUGCCGACUUGAAUACCCACAUCUUGUGCAAUUUUUGCAGAAACAAUUGCAUAAAAUGCAAUUGGAGUUUUUGCUGAUGAACGUCAGCGAUGAAGUGAAAGAUGCAUCUCUAAUCAUAUUGACAGAGAAGAGGCAUGAACUCGAACAGCUCGUCAAGCACCAUCAGAAUCUUUCAGAACGAAGAAGAAAUUGUGCUGCAAAGCAGCUCACAGAACUUUCUGACGACUUGGAUUCCAAUGAACAUCACCGAAUUCAACUGAUGGAUAUAGACUCGAACAGCAUGACUUUAAUUGACACACAUCAAGUCAAUUUAAUCGCAACUCUUCGUGACGGUCACCUCGAAAACUUUCAGUUACUUCAAAAAAUCAAGAAUUGGCCCGUUAUUAAUGACGAGAACAUGUUUGUCUAUCACAAACUUCUUUGGGUUCUCAAUGAUCUCGAUCGUACUUGUUUUUUGAACUUGAAACACAUUCAGGAAAAACAUUGCAACACCUAUGAAGUCAUGUUGAAGAAUGUAAGGGGUGCUAGAACUAUAAAAUUGGCCGUGACGAGUCUUUCUGCCUUCAAAAUCGGAGAUGCCUGGAGUGCCAUUCCCUUAACAUAUUUGUUCAUCUUGAUUCUAUUCGGGUACUCUGAGGUCCACGAUGCGACUUAUUGUCUAUUCUACUACAUUGGUAUUGUAGUCAAGUGCGUGCAGUUGCUUAUUCCAAGUAUUAUAUUAUGGGUUAGUUACUUCAUCAACAUGAACUGCCUCAAAUGUUCUCAUUUAUUGUGGAGGGCUCUCUAUGAAGCUAAGCCUUAUUACAGAGGCACGGCUUUUUCUGAGUUUAAUGUUGAGUAUUAUCUCUCCAUGGAAUCGUGCGAAGGAAUUGAAUCGUUAAAGCUACCCGCAGAGGUCUCAGCUCAACUACUGGAAUCAGACGUGAACACAUAUCAUGACGCUUUGCUCUCGUAUCUUUCUCAACAAGAUAUCGCGUUCGCCAAUAUCCAAAGAAAGUCUAUUGAGAUCACGGGUCUUUUCGCUAAAAGUAGGAGGGAACUCAUCAAAGCGAUGGGUCUGAACACCAAAUCCUGGUUUAUUCAAAGGUGGGUUCACAUUCUAAGCACUAAGCCUUAUGAAGAAGCCAUUCAGCAGGAACUCAAAAAAUUGAGCUUAAUGAAUGUGCGUAAUUUUGCCAGCGGCAAGUUUUCAAAAGAGAGUUUACUUAUUACUGAAUUCAAGGAGCACCUCGAAUUUGUGAAUCAUCGAAACAGGGAGGUAAUACGGCAAUUACUGAAGUUUAAACUAGGUUUAAUUUCUCAGCAUGAGGCGAUCUUACCAAAACUUCGCCGCCAGCUUUAUUCACAGUCUUAUUGUGGCCGAAUCUCGAGCAUUAUCAACUUUUGUUCGGUAACAAUUAUGUUGCUUACGAUCCUCAGCAAGAGGAUAAGUUGA